GGGGGCCGGCCGGGGGCGCGUGGGCUCGGCCGGGCCGGCGUGAGGGGCCCCCGGGCCGCCGCGUCCCGGGAUGCGCCGCCGCCGCCGCCGCUGCUGCUGGGACUCCUGCUGCUGGCCGCCCUCCCCAGGCGCUGCCUGGCCGACCCGGGGACAGACAAUCUACAGGCCACUGUCACCCCCACCCCAGAGCCAUUUCCUCACGGGAAAUUGUUACCGAUGUCACCAACAUGGCCUUUCUCAGAAGUCCAGUCUUCCUCGGCAGUGGACAGGAUCAGGAGUGCGCUGGGACCGUCCCCUGACAACGCCAGCGUGCUGCUGCUCACCCGAGCACCUGAGCCCGGGACCCAGCGCAGAGCCAGGGCUCACGGGGACUUCCCUUCUCCCUCGUACCAAGGAAGUGGACACAGCACCUCCCUCAAGCCUCCCAAGGAUUCCUCUGAGUCUUUGGCCCAGCCAGGACCUCAAGGGGGAAAAGAAGCAGCUGCCGUGUCAGGUUUGCCCCACACCAGCAUGCUCCCCGGGUUGUCCACUCUCCCAUCAGUGUCAGCCUUGAGCGCUGUCCUCCUCUCUCAGCCAGUGUGGGUAGGGACUCCUUUCAUUUCAAAACAGCGUUCCCCAAGGUCAGACGUUCUCCCACUGCUCCCCUCAGCUUCAUCCUCCCCAUUGGCUCCAGUCUCACCUCAUUCCAUCAUCUUUUCUAAGCCAGCAGAGCGACCCACCAAAGUGCCUUUAUUCCCCCAAACAGCCCUGACUAACUCCUCUUCAAGUCAAAGCAGAGCUAAUCCCUUAAGCCCAUCUGCCGAGAAAAUGAGCCAUGCUCCGUCCAGAAAUGCCCGGCAUUCGCUAGGCAUGCCUCGUCUAGGUCUGUCUGGAUCCUCCACAGAGCAGUACUCUGAGCCUUUCCCCACAGAGCGUCCUCACUCAGCAGGCUCCCCCACACGUGAGAUUUUGAGCUCCGAGGCACAGCUGGCCCAUCUGUCUCCCCCUCCCCUGCGGCCUGGACGUCUUCAGCUUCCGGGUGAAACCCCCUCCUGGUCAGUGUUGAAAGUCGCCUCCAGUCCUGCAGCCGCCCCGCCAGUGGAAGCUGAGGUGGCUGAAAGAGUGCACACACGGGUGUCUUUGCCAGCUUUCAGGAAUGGAGCAGCAGCAGCCAUCCGAGAGGCCAGGCCUUCACUUUCCCAGACUGUGGGGUCUGCAGCAGUAGAAAGGACCAGCAGAAAGCCAGUGCCUGCUACUGCAGACAACUCUGCUAAGCCCCCACUCCUGUCCCCAGCUCCUGAGAAUUCCGAAGGGCCCACCCUUUCGGCAGGACACUCAUUUUCCCCUGUGGUGCCUUUCUCUCCGCCUCUCACCACGUCCAGCCAAGGGCAAGCCAGCCUUUCCGGGGCGGUUCCUGCACCGCUGUCAGACAGCUGGGCAGCAGACCCUCCCGCCACGCGGGCUCUCCUCCAGCAGGCACAGAAUCAUGCCUCCCCUUCUGCCGUGCCCCGAAUGCCAACUCCUCAAGAGGAGGGCGACGCCGGAUCCCCUGCUGCAGCUACAGACUUCCUGCUCUCAAGCAAAUUUCCUGGUCUUCUUCCUUCAGCUUGGACUUUUCCCCCGCACAAAGAAGAGGGCCUGACAGCUGUUCUAAAGAAAAAUGAAGAGGCAAAUUUGACAGUUGCUCUCCAGAUGCAUCUAAGUAAGGAGAUUCCCAGUCUUCACAUUGUAAAUAGACUCACUUCUACUUUUAGCAUUGAUCACGUUCCAUCGACUGUCGUUACAACACCAAGAACGCUUCUCCUUCCUUCACAAUUACCUCCACCUUCCAUCCCCUCUGUACGAUCCUCCCAGACUGUUUCCCCAUCUCCCAGCUUUUCCAGCACCAAGCCAGAGACUCUCACAGCUGCGAUGGGCCAUUCUGAGUUGCCAGUUUCAGCUUCCAAACAGGUGACAGCAUUUCCCUCCUCUGGCGAGGUCUAUGAUUUCUCAGCAACAGGAGACGGGACAAAGACAGCCAUCAUAGAUGUUUUCUGGAGUUCUCUUUCGCCAGAAACGGGAUCCCUUCCCACAGAACCAACAAUGUAUGGCCUGCUGCAGCAAAUGAAUUAUGACUUAAAUGAGCAUGUAAUUAACUCCACAAGUUGGAAAACUCAUUCAGCUUCAACUACUGCUGCCAGCGGUUUAACGUCAGCUGCCAGUACAAUCAAAUCUCAAGCUGUCAAAGAUACCACUGGGCAUCUACCACCUGCAGAAGCCUUUGGCAUUCGGGAUCCCGUCCUUGGCACAAGCUCCAACCAACCCUUUCAACAGUCAGAUGUUGCUGUGGUUGGGAACCACACAGACUUCUUGUCCAUAAACAAUAACAACCAUUUGGGAGAUUUCCAAACAGCUGAGGUUGAAGAUUACCCACCUACAAGUCAACGGUCUGUGUCUCACCACCACCUGCAGCGGCCUGCCCAUCCAGCACAGCCUCUCUUGUUGACUUCUCCAAGUCUAAGUUCCACAGCUAGCUUGCAGGACAUGCUUUCCAGUGGAAUAGAUACAAAUUCCCAAAUUCCCAGUGACAUCCAUCCAUCUCCUGUGAUAAAUGCUUCCACACCAUUCCAGAGUAUCCUGAGAUACCUCUCUGCUGCUGAGUCUCCUCCUCUCUCAACCAGCGCCUUAUUCAGGACCCCAUCCAAAGUACUGCUGGCUUCUCAGCACCCUGAGAAAUGGACAGUGGACUCCUCAGUGUCGUCCAAGGCAGAACCAACAGCAGCAGCAGCAGCCACCUUGUUUUGGAGGAAACCAAGCCCACCGGCCAUGUCUGCAGCUCUAGUUGCUAAGGGUACUGGCGGCAGCUCUUCAGCUGUGGCCUCAGGAUUAGUCAAGAGCAGUUUGACCACUGCUCUAGCUAAAAAUGUCACCAACACUGCAGCAUCUGGCCCAAAGGUGACACCGGGGGCAGCCCAUCCAGCCUUCUUGUUCACAGCAGCCUACAUGUCUGCCAGAACGGCACCCCCUGUGAGUGCUCACACAGCCAUGCAGGGGGAUGUGGGCACUGCCUUUGGCCUCCUGUCCACAACACACCUCCCCAGGAAACCACAAGCCAUGCACAUAGGCCUCCCAACCCCCGCCCAGCCAGACAGUCCCAGGGCGUCCACCACACGCCCGCUGACAGGCCCAGCGGCCUUGACGUCCAUUACCGCACCCGUGAGGGCGACGCGGCUGCCACCUGUGCCAGCAGAAAACACAGAUGCUGCUCGUCCCGCCGUGUCGACUGCUGUGGUCACGACAGGCAGAGUGGCGUCCAACCUGGAGUGUCAGAUGUCCAGCAAGCUCCUGGUGAAGACAGUUCUCUUUCUGACCCAAAGGAGAGUGCAGAGCAGUGAAACCUUAAAGCUCAAUAUAGCCAGAGGGCUCACGCAGGCCUUGCGGAAGGCCUUCCACCAGGGUGACGUCUCGGCUCACGUGGACAUUCUGGAACAUUCUCAUAACAUCACCGUUGGUUAUUAUGCUACCAAAGGGAGGCUGGUGUACUUGCCUGCCGCAGUGAUCGCAGUGCUGGGUGUUUAUGGGGUCAGCAACGUCACUGCAGAUCUGAAGCAGCACACCCCAAACCUGCAGUCUGUGGCAGGGCUCGCCUCCCCGUGGAACCCCCAGCCCGCAGGCUACUUCCAGCUGAAAACAGUGCUGCAGUUUGUGAGCCAGUCUGACAACAUACAGUCCUGCAGAUUCGCUCAGACAAUGGAACAGAGGCUGCAGAAGGCUUUCCAGGACGCCGAGAGGAAAGUCCUAAACACCAACAGCAACCUGACGAUUCAGAUUGUGAGCACAUCCAACGCCUCCCAGACAGUCACCCUGGUGUAUGUGGUGGGCAACCGCAGCUCCAUCCUCAACGGCACCGUGGCCAGCAGCCUCCUCCGGCAGCUCUCGGCUGAGCUGGUGGGGUUCUACCUCACCUACCCGCCGCUCACCAUUGCUGAACCACUGGAAUAUCCCAACCUUGACACAUCGGAAACAACCAGAGACUACUGGGUGAUUACAGUGCUGCAGGGCGUGGACAGUUCGCUGGUGGGCAUGCACAACCAGAGCUUCGCCCGGGUCAUGGAGCAGCGCCUGGCCCAGCUGUUCAUGAUGUCCCAGCAACAAGGCCGGCGGUUUAAACGGGCCACCACCCUGGGAAGCUACACUGUGCAGAUGGUGAAGAUGCAGCGGGUGCCGGGACCCAAGGACCCAGUGGAGCUGACUUACUACACCUUGUACAACGGGAAGCCAUUGCUGGGGACCGCAGCUGCCAAGAUCCUGAGCACCAUUGACUCCCAAAGGAUGGCCUUGACCCUGCAUCAUGUCGUCCUUCUGCAAGCUGACCCCGUGGUGAAGAAUCCGCCCAACAACCUGUGGAUCAUUGCUGCGGUGCUGGCGCCCAUCGCCGUGGUCACGGUCAUCAUCAUCAUCAUCACGGCUGUGCUCUGCCGGAAAAACAAGAGCGACUUCAAGCCAGACGCCGUGAUGAACCUGCCUCAGCGAGCAAAGCCUGUGCAAGGCUUUGAUUAUGCCAAGCAGCACCUGGGCCAGCAAGGGGCAGACGAGGAGGUCGUCCCUGUGACUCAGGAAACUGUGGUCCUCCCACUGCCCAUUAGAGACGCUCCUGCCUCUCAGGAAAGGGACGUUGCCCAGGACGGAAGCACCAUCAAGACGGCCAAGUCCACCGAAACCAGAAAGAGCAGGUCGCCCAGUGAGAACGGCUCUGCCAGCAGCAGCGAAUCAGGAAAGCCCAGCUCCGGGGGGCGCUCACCCGAGACUGUGAUGGCACAGCAGAAAGUGGCGAAGGAGGAGGCACGGAAGAGAAAUGUGCCAGCAAGCGAUGAAGAGGAAGGAGCAGUUCUUUUUGACAACUCCGGCAAGGCGGCUGCCGAGCCCUUUGACACGUCUUCUGGAUCUGUGCAGCUCAUCGCUAUAAAGCCCACAGCCCUCCCUGUGGUGCACCCCUCUUCGGACAGGAACCAGGAGGCAGCAGUCCUCAAUGGGGAGGUGGACAAAGCCCUGAAGCAGAAGUCCGACAUCGAGCACUAUCGGAACAAGCUGCGCCUCAAGGCCAAGAGGAAGGGCUACUACGACUUCCCCCUGGCGGAGACGAGCAGAGCUCAGCCGGAGAGAAAGAAGAUGUACGAGAAAUCCCCCAAGGAGCUCGAGCACGUUUUGGACCCAGACCCAGGCCUCUGUGCCCCGUUCGCUGAGUCUAGAAGCAGGCAACAGAUGAAGAACUCUGUCUCCCGAAGCCGGCAGUCUCUGAAUAGCCCGAGUCCGGGGGAAACGGAGAUGGACCUUCUGGUGACUCGGGAGCGACCCCGGCGUGGGAUCCGGAACAGCGGAUACGACACGGAGCCUGAAAUCAUAGAGGAAACCAACAUCGACAGAGUUAAUGAGCCCCGGGGCUACGCCAGGUCGAGGCAGAUGAAAGGCCACUCGGAGACCUCCACACUCAGCUCCCAGCCCUCCAUCGACGAGGUCAGGCAGCAGAUGCACAUGCUGCUGGAGGAGGCCUUCAGCCUGGCGUCCGCGGGCCACGCGGGCCAGAGCCGGCACCAGGACGUCUACGGCUCCGCGCAGCACCCGCCCUACUCGGAGGUGGUGACCAGUGCUCCAGGGACCAUGACGCGGCCCAGGGCUGGGGUGCAGUGGGUGCCAACCUAUCGCCCAGAAAUGUACCAGUACAGUCUGCCCCGGCCGGCCUACAGGUUUUCCCAGCUUCCUGAAAUGGUCGUGGGCUCUCCCCCUCCUCCUGUACCUCCCCGGACUGGCCCUGUCGCGGUUGCUUCUCUCAGGCGGUCCACCUCGGACGUGGGCAGCAAGACCAGGAUGGCCGAGGCCGUGGGGGCCGAGCCCGCCCAGCUGCAUGACAGCGCCGCCUUCACGCAGGUGUCCCGAGGCCCCGUGUCCGUGGCCCAGCUGGACCAGUCGGCUUUAAAUUACUCAGGUAAUACGGUGCCGGCAGUGUUCGCCAUCCCGGCUGCCAACAGACCUGGCUUCACCGGCUACUUCAUCCCGACUCCUCCUCCGUCCUACAGGAGCCAGGCCUGGAUGUCCUACGCAGGGGAGAGUGAGCUGCCGAGCCAGUGGGCCGAUUCGGUCCCCCUCCCAGGGUACAUUGAGGCCUACCCCCGCUCACGGUAUCAGCAGAACUCGCCCUCCAGGCUGCCCCGCCAGUACAGCCAGCCGACCGGCCUGCACCCCAGCCUGGAGCAGGCCCCGACGCCCUCAGCGGCCGCCUCACAGCAGAGCCUGGCAGAGAAUGACCCGUCCGAGACGCCACUCACCAACAUCUCCACGGCGGCCCUCGUGAAGGCCAUCCGGGAAGAAGUGGCCAAGUUGGCCAAGAAACAGACAGACAUGUUUGAGUUCCAGGUCUGACGCCUUCGCCCUGAGGGAAUUCCACACUCUGAGGAAGCCAUCUGCGGGUUUCUCAAGCCUAAUGUGUCAGGACUUGAGACACAGACAAUGUAUGAGUCUGUCUCACCCUCAGUUUCUGAAAAGGUGAACAGUAGGGCUUCUGGGAAACAGGAAAGAUCUUGAAUGACAUGCCUCUUGGCUUGUUCAACUGAUUGCAGGUCAAGGAGUCCCUGCAUGGGACCAUCCGUUUGAUAUUCUGUUGUGUUAAAUGUUUGAACUGUGGGCGUGUUUCCCUAUGGAGCCUUAGUCACGAGAGGCUGUCUCAUCUGAAGACUCCUGUCCACUGCCACAUUUUAAUAAAACACCAGGAUGGGGAGCACAGAGUUCUGUCUGCGGUGACCUCUGCACGUUAACUGUUUGUGUGUUGAGGGCAGUGCAAGCGUGCGAUGGAGCUGCAGCCUGGACUCGCCCUUCUCCAGCUCUGACUGCAACUGUUAAAACCACCUCCAGUCUGCAAGGGAGGCACCGACUCCAGCCAAGAAACUUGAGUCCUUUUCUUUUAAAAGUUCAUAUUCAAAGUCAAAUGAAUUGGAUGAAAGUCAAUACUGGCAGUGCCCGCACUUAUAAAUAGUCCUAACUCUUUUUUCUUUCAUUAAUUAAACAAAGGCCCGGAAAGAGACAAGAUGAGAGGGAAUGGUGGGCUCGUGUUGGCAGGUUUGGAAGGCGCUGUAGAGUACCCUCCAACUGAAAGAGGAUCAGCGCGCAGUGCUUUUAGGACCCUACAAAAGACAAACAGGUAUUUGUGGAGGUUUUUCUUUGCCCUGCAAUGGAGGUGGCCUGAAAACGAAGCUUCUCUCUUUGGGGGGAUAAUAGAUGCAUCGACGUUUACAAGAAAAUCUGUCUCUUCAACAAUGAUGUCCAGCUUGUGCUGCUGAGUGAUACAAAAGGAGAUGGUAAUUGAUGCCUCUUGGAAGCAGGCAUGGUGGAUCCACAG